AUGAUUGUAUAUCUAUUGGUUGUAGGUGCUGAAAAAUCGAAUUUACAGGUUAUGGUCGAAAAUCCAAAAAGUCCACAAAUCAACAAUAACUCUGUAAAUAAUUUAGUCGUUGAUACAGAGCCUUUACCAACAGUGGACGAAUUCGAUGAAAUUUUAUCGUCAAAUUAUAUAAUCAAUGAAAAUGAAAAUAUUGUUUCGUUUUUUGAUGAACAUUCAAAUGUGACAGGAGGUAAUGCUAUAUACUUACCUUUUCACAAUAUUCGAGGUCAAAAAAGAUCUUUUGAAGAUAGUAUUGAUUCUAUUGAAAAUAAUAAACGUUCAGACUCAUCAAAUGAUUUACUUUUGAAUUACAUUAUGGAAUUAAAACAAAAAUAUGUUGAACUUGAAUCUAAAAUUACGCAAUUGGAGAAUGGAUCGAUGCCACCAGCAGGACAUCUACACAUUAACCAAAAUUCAAUGGAACCAGUAAAUUUUUUACGUGAUGAAGAAAAUACAGAUGUUGGUGAAAAGAUUUCUAUAGUUGAUAUAGUGAAAAUAUUGAAGAUUGAUGCAAAUAAACUUUUAAAAUGUAAUGGAAAAACAUCAACAGCUACAGCACGUUCUGUGAUAAAAGCAAUGUAUCCAAAUCCACAUUCAAACUUUCGAUACCGUGAUGUUGAUAAAUCCAUUGUUGAUUCAAUUAUUAAUUAUACGAAGUUGUCUAAUCCAAAUGACAAAGUGUCUGAUGCUGAACGGCGACGAGCCGUUAGUAAUUAUUUUUCAUAUUUGACACACCGAAGAAAAAUCAAAGAAAUGAUUGGUGCUUAUCGAGUUGCUUCAGAAUUGAAGAAGGAUGAUAACAAUACAACUUCUGCAAGCUCAACAAAGAAAAAUUGA